UUGGUUGCGCGCACGCGUGUCUCGUCAGGUCGCAGCGUGUUUAGACAAUCAGGGUCUAAGUGUUGUUGGUCGGGUCGUUCUCUCGUGUCGCCGCGACGCUGCGCCCGCGCCGCCCGCGCUGCCCGCGCCGUCCGUGUCAUCGAUCGCAGUUGGUUGAACGAACCCUCAGCCGACGUCAAGCAUUACACGGACAGAGGACAGAGGACUGAGGCCCGUGAUCCUCUAAUUGUAACACCCUCUGAACACACAGGGACACGCGUACAGAUGGAUCAACACUGA